GAGAGCUGGGGGGCGUGGCUUUGGGUCCCAGUUGCAAAAUGAACCCUAGCCCUGGGAGUUCAGAAAAUACAUGAAAUAUUAAGGGCAAGAACAGGAAUUUCCCUCUGCGAAGGAGCCGGGAAUGAUGUAUCAGGGCACUGGUGGUUCCUUGCCAGGGUGAGCUGGGGCAAGCUGGGGCUGCUUGCUUGCAGCUGAUGGGGGGAAAUGAUGUGGGGCAUUGCUCAGCCUCCCCUCCUCACUUUAUUGCUGGCAUAAAUCAAUCCUCGAGAGGUUUACGGACCCCAGGGCCAGCACCUGGGGCUGUUUCCUCCUUCUUCUGCUCUGUGGCUGCUGCUUGGACACCCUCGGCCCAGCCAACCCGCCACAGGAAAAAGGAAAAUUAAUUUUGGCGAGUUACGGAGGAAGGCAAGGAGGGGCAGUCUCCCCUCUUUGUUUGCCUGUGUGUUUCCGUGAGGAGGAAGAGGGACGCCAAAGGGUGGCUUGGCCCUGGGCUGCUCCGGCUGUGCUGCAGCAUUACUGCUACAUACCCACCUCUUCGGGGUUUGGGGGCGGGGGGGGGGGCGGCUGUAUCCUGCAGCUGUCGGGUGCACCUGGAAAACGCUCGAUGGGUGCAAUGAGUGGGCAGGGGUUGGGUGCUGCCCAGCAUUUAACCACCACCUAGCUGGGUGCCCCCAGGGACGGCUGGGACACGGCAGUGCCAUGGUCUUGCUCCCCACCACCGCACACAGCCGCUGAACUGAGCGCAGCAUCCCGCCAGCACCUGACGUGGUGGUACCCAAAUGAAUCCCCCCACUCCGCUCCCAGGGGAGCGCAUGCCCUGAACUGGGGGGUGGGGGUGUCCACGGCCAUGCUCGCAUGAUGGUGUGAUGAACCCCCCAACGCUGCGCUGGUGCGUGCAUUUUGCAGCUAUGCUGGCUGUGUGGUGCCCUUCACCUCGCCUUCCUCUCUGAAAACCAAAGCAGUGGAGGGAGACGUCAAAGCCGGCCCCAAAGCACGCAAGAGGUGAGUAACUGGCAAGUUGGGGUGCAGAAUGAGCCCUGCGAUGUGUGGACAUGGUUGGCUGGCUGUCUUUCCCCUGUCCGGGGGUGGCUGCAUCGACAUCUCACAGCAUUCAACGUCUUGGAGUUGCAUCGCCCAGCGUGGGUAGCUCUGCUGCUGGGAGCAUCUCACUGUCACCCCAGGAAUAGAGGGGCUGCGCCCCCCCAAAAGCUCAGCGCUGAGCUGUCCCACAGCCCUGGACGGAGGGUCCCUGUCCCCACUGGGACCCAUGGGCACGUUUCCCAAAGGUUUAACCUGAAAUGCGCCCUGUUUUGAGCCCUGCUUGGGUGCAGGCAUGGUGGGGAGAGCAUCCCUGUCCUCUCCGUGAAGCCCUGGCUGGUCCCUAUCAUGGGGAUGACCCAUGCACAGUGUGGGGUGACACUGGGACAACACAAGAUGAUACUGGGAAGGCACCAUGAGCGCCCAGCAUCCCCCCUGGCCCCGGGGGAUGCCCAGCCCCGUGCGUGGUACCCAGCCACCAGGGAUGCUGGCAGGAGAGGUGAUGGGUGUAGGAUUAAAUGAAUCAUCUCAGGCAGGCACUGCACUCUCAUGACUAAGGCACCAGUGGGCAGGUGCCCACAGGUACCUCAGGUGGGGGCUGUGGGCAGGAACAGGGGGUCUGCUGGGGGUCCCCAUCCUCCACACUAUCCCUGUCCUGGCCAGGUGCUGCGGCUGCCCAGCCCUGGCACGUGAACGGCGUCCUGGGAGGGGUCUAUGCUGCUCUCCCCGGCUCUGCCCCCCAACAAGACAGUGAAGGAGAUCGAGUGGAACUUUUCAGUCGGUGCCGGUGCCACCAUUCAAGUGGAAGAGUUUGGCCCCAGUGCCUUCAAGCGCCCUGACCCCAAGGACCGGUUCAAGGACCGGCUGGAGAUGUUCAACAAGACAGCGCUGAAGAUCGGGGCCCUGGAGUGGGACAACAGUGGGGUCUACGGGGCUUGGAUUAAACUGCACCCAGCAGUGGUGGAGAAUCAGUCCUUCAACCUCUCCGUCUACAGGCCGGUGCCAGUGCCGGGGAUCCAGCACCGGCUGCUCCCCCUCACCACCCAAGGGUUCAAUGUCACCCUGCGGUGCUGGGUGCCGGCCAGCAGCAAUGCUGAAGCCAUCUGGCAGCUCAGUAGCUCCCCCAGGACGCCGUGGGGACAGCUCUGUGAAGACAGCCAGACGCUGUGCCUGGCCGUGCCUGCCAGCACCUUCAGCUCCAGCUACACCUGCGUGGCCCAAAAUCCCAUCCAGGAGAAGAACACCUCCAUCCGCCUGGACGCCCUGUGCCAGCAGGCAGGGACGCCUGACUGGUGGAGGUGGCAUAUGUGCCUGGGGCUGCUGGCCGUGGGCGUGGGAGCCCUGCUCAGCGUCGACUGGCUGCGGAGGAAGAAGAGGAGAAAGAAAGCAGCCGAGGGAGCCGCCCUCGCCUCCCCCUCGAGCGAGGAUGCUCUGCCGGAGCCAUUUUAUGCCAAGAUCCAAAGGAGAACCCCCCCCCCAGAGACGCAUGAGUGGGUGAGGCUGGGGGGCCGGAGCCAAAUUUGGCUCCUGGCCAGUUGCACAGUGAUGCUGGGGCCGAAUUUGGCUCAUGCUGGGGCCAGGCUCCAGCUUUCAGCCCUUCUCUCCAGGUUGAGGGUCCCUCCAUGUCCCUGAAGUCCCCUGAGCUGGGGGCUGCAGCCCCCUUCCUCAAGCCCCAUCCCCCUGGAAGCGGCUCCUGGGGUGGACGGGGAGGUGCUGCGAGGUGACAUUGAAGGGCACUUUCCAGGGCUACCAUGUCCCCGGGGGGCUCGUCCCCAGCCAGGGAGCGGCUGUGACCAUCCCCCUGCCAAAAGGUGGGUGGCUCAGGGGGGGGUUCUCCCUGUUUUCUGGCCCCAAGAAGCAAGACCACCCCACCACCAUCUACAGCUAGCUGCAGGCAGGCACAGGCAGCUGGGCCGAGACAGUUGCCUUGCCUGCCACAGCUGGUGAGUGCCGCUGGCAUCUCGUCCAUGCCGGCACUGGCGGGGGCUCCAUCCUCAUCCCACUAGCUGCAGAGGGACCCGGCUCUGUCCCAGCAGUGAUUGUCCCCAAGCAGGACAGCUGGAGCUGCAGGAUGGGACCCACUGAUCCCCCGUGACACUGGGCAGGAGUGGCUGCCACAUGAAGCCGUGGGCUGACGGACACUCGUGUACCCCCCCCACCGCAUCCUCUAUGUUCCCCCACCUCUGCUGUGAGAGCAAAGCAGGACUCGGGGCAGGGGGUUGGGGGGGGGUGGCAAGCAGCAGCCCUGGGGGCUGCCACAUCCCCUUUCCCCAAACGCAAGAGCAGCCUGGCAGGGAUGGGGGUGUGGGACAGGCUGGAGGGGGGGGGAGGCCAACCUCCAUCCCCACCCCUUGGCUCAUGUGUGACUCCAAUAAAGGUGGUUGAAGGUGA